AAUUACUCUGCGAGUCCGAAAACUUAUUAAUAAACUUGUAUGGAUGCUUGGUAGAAUAUGAAAGAUUUUUGGUGUGAUUAAAUAAAAAAAAUUCGAAUUUUUGAAAUCUGAAAUCAUGGUUGUAAUCAAAAUAUUCAUAAAUCGAUUGAAUACCAUGUUAGUUCCUGUACUUCGAGCAUUCGUAGUUUCUCUCGUUGCUGUUGAGCGCCUAUACUCUUUCUAUCUAAUUGCGGUUCGGUGUUAGGGGCGGGGUUGGUGUUGACUCUUAUUGUUGUGGCAUGCGAAAUUUCAAACAGUGGAAACAAUUAUCUGUGCUACAUUUUUCUCGACUAUGGAAUCAUCUGUCUAAAUAUACGCCGAGGAAAGGAUCGAGAGGAGUGCUCUUUCUCUUUUCGCUGAAAAAUUCUAGCAUCAGGAGGUCAGUUGAUGCCAAGAUGCAGACCACGAUCAUCCCCAAUGUUGGUGCGGUUUGCGUGAAACAGGAGAUUGACGAAAAGCAGAUUGCUUUUACUCAUGGCAGGAGCGAUAGAAGGCUUUGACGGCGACUAUGUCCAGAACAAGAAAUUCUUAUUGCUCAGAAAUCACAUAUUUACAAUAAUUUGCAGUUCUUUCUAAGAUCGUCUGCUCGCCUGUGUUACCUGCUGACGGGAAUGUGCAUUCUGGUGCCACGCCUCCUUGUAUUGGACCUAGUGAAGCCAACAUGGUGUUUGUUGCCUCUAACAUUGAAAUUGGCCCCAGCAUGGAAGCUUUGGAGCAGCAGCCACUCUCCUAAUCAGGUCUCCCAAUUGGGUUGGAGCUGCUUAGGCUGCAUUGCGUAGGUUACAGUUGGAACGUGCCGAAGGAGAGGCGUAGGAGGUUCCGCAGGCCGAUGCGUCCUGGCUUCAUAACUCUGGCCGUGUUUGGCAAAUUGGAUCGCGAUACGGUACCUGGAAGGCGUUCUUGGCUCAAAAUGCUUGGCUCAAAAAUCAGGUUGCCAUCGGUUGAUGUUAUUUGGAUUUUCAUCUGACAGAACAUACUUAAGAGUUUUCUUUCUUAGCAAUACAAUUUUGAUGAAGAUGACGAACAGGUUGUGUUAUAAUUUCACGUAAAACAUUACAUUGAUCUUGACAGAGAUAUUUUCACUGGAGUACUGUUUUUUAAUGUGAUGAAGAAAUCGGUGAAGACCGACGAAUGUGCUAUUCAAGCACAGUUUAAAUGUGAAGUAGACUUGAUUGAUUGAU